AUGGAUACUCAAGCGCUGGCUCAACUCUUCAUGGUCGCGUGGGGCAUUUGGUCUAACAGAAACGAAAUUCGAACGGGAGGUUCACGGAAGUCAGCGUCUUCGAUUGUGAAGUGGACGUUGGACUACCUGGAAGAAUUUCAAGUUGCCAAUCAUACGGUUCAGGUCAAGUCUGCAGAAUCUGAAUGCGGUUGGUCACUUCCCCAUGCACCGGGUUUUAAAGUAAACGUGGAUGCUGCUAUUUUUGAGAAUCUACGCUCAGUCGGAAUUGGAGUCGUGAUACGAGAUCACCUGGGGUCUGUCCGAGCAGCUAUGUCUAAGAAGUUCCGUGCAAUGUUGGGACCAUUGGAAACUAAAGCUAAGGCGAUGGAGGAAGGCUUGAGGUUCGCAUGGGACAAGGGCUUUAGAGCAGCAACGUUUGAAGGGGACUCUCUGUUGGUGCAUCAAGUGUUGACUGGCUCUGCCAUCCCACCUGCUAGCAUCUCCAACAUUAUUUCUGGUGUGCUGAGUCAGGCAUCACAGUUUGAUGAGUGUGUCUUCUCCUUUACUCGGAGGACUGGCAACAAAGUUGUCCAUGCGUUAGCGCAGCAUGCUAAGAAUUUAUCUGAUCCUAGUAUUUGGCUAGAGGAAUAUCCUAGUUUUAUUGAGAACUCAGUGUCUCAAGAUGUUUUGUUUUUAUCAUCCUUUUAA